AUGAUGAGCGAUGCUGAAGACUCAAACGAAACAUUAUUUUAUAUUCAGGAUAUAUUUGCAUCUGGUGAUGAAAAUAUUAAUAGAGCCUUGACGAACUCGCUUCUUCAUUAUGCUUACCUACCAACAGUUGUAUAAUCAUUAUUCACAUUGAAGCAUAAGCCAUAACUUUCUUUGAAUACUUGCUUAUAUGUACUAACACAAACAUUCAGAAUCAUUAGGGAAUAGACUUUCGUUAAUAUAUUGUUUUCAGCUCUUUUCUUACCUAAACUUCCUGCUAAAAUCUAAUAAUACAUUGAGAAAAUACCUAAAAAUCCUUCUUCAUAUGCUUUGAAAUUUACCCAUACUCACUUGAAAUACUAUUCGCUGUCUUAAUAUCUUGAAGAAUACUAUAAUUUAAACAAUCUUGAUGUGUUUUUAUUAUAUGGAAGUUAGAACUUAGAAUUCAUGAAUGAAAUUAAGGAGGAGUAUGAAAUGAAAAUUGGAAAUUUAAUAAUUACUGGGCCAGCAGUAAAGUAAACUUUAAGUACAGAAUAAAAUACAGAAUAUAAUAAUGACAGCUAAGUGUAAGUGUAAGAUGAAGAACCAUUUGUAGAAGUUUAAUAAUUAGAGGAGUUAAAGAAUGAAAUAGAAUCUUAGAAUAAUUAAAAUGAGAUUAGUUAAGUUAUUGAAGGUACAGCAUAAAUCCAAAUAAAUACUCUAAUAGAAGUUAGCAAUAAUCAAAAUUUGAAAAAUGAAGAAAUAAGAGAUAAGUUACACGAGCUUUUUUUCAAAAGGAUAAGUGAGAAAGACAUGGUUAGAAUUAUGGAGGAACAUUAAAGAAUGAGUUUUGGUUUAGGGAUUUUAGUUGGACUCACUGGUAAAGGUGGUUUAAUCAUGUCUGCAUAAUAUAAUAAGGAACUUAAUCCGGAAAUCAUUAAUUAAGUUCCAGAAAUCUGCCCCUAUAAAUUCAAAAAACAAUCUAAUUAAGAUUCAGAAGAGGAAGAAAAAGUGUCGAGCACUAAUACAAACCAUUUGAUUGGCUUAAUUUUGGAUGUAUUUUAUUUCUAAUAUAUAACCUUAAAUUCAAUUUAUCAAAUCAAAAGAAUAAUCUAUCAAAUUGAUCCUGAUAAUGGUACAAAUGAUCCUUAUUACUACUUUAUUGAGACUUUCUAAAGAGAGAUAUAAAGAUUUUAACCUAUAGACAGUAAUAUGGAGUUUAAUAGACUCUUGGCCUAGCCUUUGCUAAUGUGCCCAUUUUUAACUGAAGAAUUAUAAUAGAAAAUACCGUAGCAACUUCAUAUGCCUUGCAUUGAUGAUGAAACUAUUAAUCAAAAUCUAUUGAUCUAAGAUUUCAUUUUGAAGAGAUUUUUACUUUAUAAAUUUACUCCUGAUCUUGCUAUCGACUCUCUUAACUAUGAUAUGAUAACAAAAAUUGAUUAUGGAUUUAUAUCAACUUUAAAAGAAGGAGCAUAAAUCAUUCCACUUCCUUAAGACAGAGUGUAUUAAAUUUGCUAUCAAAGAACUCCUGGAAAAUCAAGAUUAGAUUAACUAUACAUAAUGCAAGACGAGCAAUACUUUGUAUUGAUAAGACCAAAUGUUGUGAGUCCAACUCAUAUUAGAGGAUAUUUGUUCUUGAAACGUAAAUUCAAAUAAAUCCUUGAAACGAUGCUUGACAAAACAGAUACCAGAAAUUUGUUUAUUGCAUACACAAAAGAUGAACUAUCUUCAAGCUGCAAUGAUGAUUAUUAAGAAUUAAACAUAUACUUCGAAGAUUGGAGAAAAAGUCUCGAUAUUAGAGAAAAACAGAUAGAGGGCAAGAGACGCAAAUAGAUAGUAUGGGAAAAGGAUCUGGUCGAAAAGUUUCUAGUCGACCAGUGUGAGUCAGAAAUCAAUAAUCUCUUUGGUUAACAAUAGUUUUAAUGA